AAGUCAAGCGGCGUCACAAAAUUAAGUGGUUCCAGGUGAUGACUUGUCGGAAUAGGCUUCAAUGCUAAAUAUGCACAGGCGCGUGCACAAUGCUACAGGUUAAACUGAAGAAAAGGAAGAGGAGAAACACUUUCUGUCUGGAGGCUGCUAAAGGAAUCCACCUGGAAAAGAGCCUGUUGUGCUCACGUCAGACAACAGAGGCAAUAUCUUCAACAAUGUGUCCUGGAUUUCAAGGUUGAUAAGAGAAGAGUGAAAGACACAGCAGUCACUGACCCUGCAGAGUAAACACCUGAUUGGUAAAAGCGGUUUUCACACAGAACACACACCGUCCUCUGUUGGAUUUCAAGAUCUUUUCAAAAUAACAACACGGACGCCUUUGAAUGAGGACGUUUAUGAAUUAAAUCCUCAUCUCUCUGCAUAGUAAGGACGCCGGGGUUUUCCAUAUUACACCAUGUGAUUGAAAUAUUCGUGGAUCUUAACUCGCCAUGAUGCCAUUUCCCUUCACUGCAUUCUCCGAGUUUUCAACCAAGUGACUUUGUGACAAGAUGUCUUUGGUCAAACGGAGAAAGUUCAGAACUUUUGCUCUCCUGCUGUGCGUCAUUACCUUCACCACGCUCCUGUUCAGCUUCACUUUCCGGGACCCAUCGCUCUACUUCUUCAAGUACUUCCGGCUCUCGGACAGCUUCUUCUCCAAGGGGCCGUGCUCUUGUCGGCAGUGUGUCGCCGAGCUGGAAGGCGACCCGUGGUUCGCCGAGCACUUCAACCUCUCCAUCCACCCUCUGAUGACCAGGGAGAACAGCUUCCUCUCUGAGGAGACCUUUAAAUGGUGGCAGUGGUUGCAGUCAGAGAGGCAGCCGGCCAACUUCUCCGAGGUGGUGGAGGAGCUGUUCCAAGUCAUCCCUGACGAUGUCCUUUACGUGGACGCCAGCCCCGAGCGCUGCCGGAGCUGUGCUGUGGUGGGGAACUCCGGGAACCUUAAGCGGUCCCGCUACGGCGGCCUCAUUGACGCCUGCGAUUUCAUCAUAAGGAUGAACCAGGCUCCUACCAGUGGAUUCGAGGAGGAUGUCGGAACACGCACCACCCAUCAUGUCAUGUACCCAGAGAGCGCCAUAGACUUGGACAACAACACCAGCCUGGUUCUGAUCCCGUUCAAGACUCUGGACCUGCAGUGGCUCAUCAGUGCUCUGACCACUGGCGCUAUCACACACACAUAUUUACCAGUUAAGGCCAGGAUAAAGGCGAAUAAAGAUAAGGUGUUGAUUUAUAGUCCAACUUUUUUCAAAUACGUCCACGAGUCGUGGCUGGAAGGUCAUGGACGAUAUCCGUCGACUGGCUUCCUAAGCUUGCUGCUUGCUCUCCACAUAUGUGACGAGGUCAGCGUGUUCGGAUUUGGCGCCGACCGGUACGGAAACUGGCACCACUAUUGGGAGACGAACCAUUUGGCCGGAGCUUUUAGACACACCGGAGUCCAUGACGGAGAUUAUGAAUAUAAUGUCACCUUGCUGCUGGCGGACAAGCACAAAAUCCAAAUGUUCACUGGCAGAUGAUGGCAAGCAUGGGAUGACCACCCAUGCUUGAAAAAGAAAAAUACAAAUAAAAUACUCAUUUCAUCAUGUCUCUAAACAUGUCUGCUUGACCUCUUUUAUGCAGGCCCGUUAUUUCUUACUAGCUGAAGCUGCUGUCACGGUAAUUAGAAACCAAUAAAGAUUUCUGUCAGACGUUUCAUUGACCAGACAAAAAGCAACACUGCCGCUUUCCAGAAGCUACGACCCACCUCUGAGCAGCCAGGAGGAAAAUAAAGAUGCAUGCCAUAUUAAAAUGCCAAUGUCACAUGACUAAACGUUUCCCUCAGGUUUUUUUUUUCUCUCCUAACCAACUUUAAUUUGUUUUUCUUUUUGUAUGACUUUCUGUGGACAUCUUAAGCUCGUGUGUUAAUGAAAUUGAAAAGAACAAAGCCGUUCUGUCAGCAGCAGAAAGACAAAGUGUUGCAUUAUACUCCUGAUGUAUGUGUACAGAGACCUGAAUUGCUAAUGAGGCCCAUGUUUUUGAAGCUGCUAAGCCCUGCGUUUAUAGCCAAAAAAAGCUGGUGUCAGAACCCUAUUGACUAAGGUGUAAAUCUUAUUCAUAAAUCGACACAAUGCGAGAGUUGAGGCGUCUUGGUUUAAUGGCCAUCAUGACAAAGUCUCGGUUGUUUUUAUUGCGCCGAUCAAUUCUCGCAUUACUCAUUUCCAUCACGUCGCUCCUUGCUUGUGUCCUUGCAGAUGUUUGACAAUCGAAGAUCAUUCUGAAACUUAUCCCCCAAGGAAUGCGUUUUAUUACAAUGUGGCAUUUAUAAAAUAUAUAUUUAUAUAUAAAACGCCCACUGGGCUGCAGUCAGCCUUCAAGAAUAACUGAUGUUGUUAGCCUUCAAACAUAUUAUUAUCCAAACUGGGAACAUUUCAAUCAAACAAACAUAUGAAUUUUUUAUUAUUUUAAUUGUUUUUAUAUUUUGGUAAUUCACUGAAAGUGGCUUCAGUCUGUUAUUUUUUCCCUAAAAAUGUUUUCCAAUUUUAAAAUGCAAUCUAAAAAGAAAUUCAUUUACAUACAUAGAAAAGUAAUUUGUCCUGUUGGUUGUUUGGCUUAAACCUUUAAUUAUCAGACUAAGUGAUUAGUCGCUUACUUCCAUGAAGAUUUGUGUUGGACUUCAAUAUUGACAUUUAUUUGAUUUUAACCGCUCUUAGAUCCUGCCUGUGCUUAGCCUUUAGCUCUUCCAGACAAACGUUAGCCUGCUGACAUGCUACAAAGAACACCACUCUGUUAAAUGUGCUUAAGUGAGAAUUUAGCCUCUUGAUGUUGUGGUGCGUUCCAUGACUUUUGGAUGUCGGAAUAAAGUUUAAAAAUAUAAACUAGAAGAUUUAUUGAAGCUGAAAUUCCAACUAGGAAUGACGGCUAACAAAUGUUAGCAUGCUAGCAUGUUAAACAGAGCUAGAGAGCACUUAAAAAUGCACUAAACUGAGUCAAAAUUUUAACCUGCUGCUUGGAAGUUGGAGUAGCCAUGUUGGAAAAAAUAGCAUAGAACAAACUGGAAAAUUUUAAUUUUGACUUGGAAAGUCAGAGAUUUCUCACCGAGCCCAGAUCUCAAAACUCAGCAUGGCUGCCACACUUUGAAAAGAUGGUUCAUGUAAGACAGAAAGUAAUUUCCCUAGUGUUUUUGGCACUUCUGACAAUUUAUACAUCAUUCAUUGACAUUGCACAUUAUUGGUAGGUUGGCUCAGAAGUAUUCAUACCCCCGGCAGAUUUAGGUAUAAAUCUUAAUCUUACUUUCCUCUGAUUAGAAUUUGGCAUAGAUACACUGGAGUAGCCAUGCUCGUGUUGCAACUUGAAUCUGACAAAGACUGGACAGAGUUAAUGAUUAGGGUGAUGGAAAAGAGGUUUUCCCAACCUUAACUAUAAGCUCCAUCAGACCUGGAGCUUAUAUUGUUGUAAAACAUGCAAAAAUAAAAACUGGAAUGCAAUUAUGAGAAGCCUCUGCUGCAAAGACAAUAGUCUUCCAUGUAUUAUUGAGAAAGGUGUUAAUAAUUUUCAGCAAGACAUUUUUUUUAAUUCAAUCUAAAUGAAAUUUUAAAAAGAUUUAUAUACUAAUUUCAGUGUUUUAUUUCUCCUUUGAAGAAAUAUCUCUCCUUCCCUAUCAGAAAUAAUCUUCUUAUUUGAAUGAAAGCAAUGUUAAAUCUCAGUAUACCAGGGGUAUGAAUAGUUUUGGGCUUACCUGUGUUUGCCAACAUGUUGCUUUGGUUAUUAAAAAUGCAAAGCAAAAUGUUGCUGGUGGCCUGCAUUACUAACUAGUUUGCUCGGUUACUAUAAGCACAGAAAUAGAAAAUCCCACUGAUAGUUUAACUUGGAACUGAAGCAAGGUUUUAAACACUUGGGAAUGAUGUCAUUCCAGCUUCUGAGGUAAACGGAACAAACAUUUAUAUGGAGCUAAAUUGGGGCCAUAAAGUUUGUUCAAAAGAAAAAAAAAUAAACUGAAAAAAACAAAUUAAA